AUGGCUGCGGACUCUCGCAUUGUUGGGAAACCAUGGACAGUCCUUGGUGAUUUUAACCAAACUCUUACUCACUCGGACUCCUCUGUUUCAUUAAACCCGAAUACUGACCUUCUCACUAGACUGUUUCGGGAUUGUCUUCUAUACUCCGAGCUGGUGGAUCUUACCUACAGGGGAUGUUCUUUCACCUGGUGGAAUAAGCAGACCAGUAACCCCAUAGCCAAGAAAUUGGAUAGGAUUCUGGUAAAUGAAGAUUGGCACCACAAGUUUCCUUCCUCUUUUGGUUACUUUGGCCAACCUGACUUUUCUGAUCACUCACCCUGCUGCAUCACACUAAAUCUGAUAGUGCAGAGACAUAGAAAAGCAUUCAGGUUUCAGAAUUUCCUCCUCUUAGACCCAAACUUUGCUCCUAUGGUCGCAGAUCAAUGGCUUAGCAUAAACAUUGUCGGCUCUGCCAUGUUCCGGAUAGCAAAAAAACUGAAAGCCCUCAAGGGAUGCAUCAGAGCUUUCAGUCGCGACAACUAUUCUGACUUGGAGAAACGAGUAAAUGACGCCCACGCUGAGGUUCUUCAACUCCAACAACAGCUCCUCUCAGCUCCUCCUUCUACUGUUGCAGACUUGGAGAAAGCAGCAAAUGAAAAAUGGCAAACACUCCUUCAGGCUGAAGAGUCUUUUUCUGUCAGAGGUCUCGAGUAA